AAACAAAAAUAUAUAUCACACACAUAUAUAUAUAAAUGGCUCCUGAAAAUAACUGGCUCUCAUUUUCACUUUCACCAAUGGAAAUGUUAACUUCUUCUAAUACUUCUCAACCUCAGCAGUAUUUCUUCAAUGACAAUAACUUCUAUCAAAAUGUUUGGUCCAACGGCGAAAAACAGUCAACGAUGUACACCGGCGACAACACUACCGGCCACGAGGACGUCAAAGACGGCGGCGAUUCGUCGUCGUUAUUUCGUGGCUACAUGGAAUUAUCAAAUAUCAACCAACCACUAGCUCCAAAGCUAGAAGACUUCCUCGGCGGCGAUACCACAACCACCACCACCACCGUUACACCCAUAACCGCCACACACUUCCGGUACGCCGACGUGUCACCGGAGACGCAAGACUCGUCGACAUUAACACACAUGUACGAGGGUGGAAAUAGCUCUGUUUACUUUUCUGAUCACCAACAAGAUCUUAAUAAUAAUAAUAAUAACGCCGGAACGGCGGGUUUUCCGGCGAACUCGGGGUCGGAAGUUGAUGAUUCUGGGACCCAUUUGGCUGAUCAGUUUAAUGGGGGGUCUUGUAUUGAGUCUGGAAAUGAGUUGGCUUUUGUACAGUGUCCUAUGAAUGCUUUAUCUUUGGGUAUCACAACAACCGCCGGCAACAACGGCGGCGGCGGUGGUGGUGGCGGUGAUCAGAAAGCAAUAGUGGCGGUGGCUAGUGGUGGUGGUCAGACUAGUUGUAAGAAAGUUGGAAGUGAGACUUUUGGUCAAAGGACAUCAAUCUAUAGAGGUGUAACUAGACAUAGGUGGACUGGGAGAUAUGAAGCGCAUCUUUGGGAUAAUAGCUGUAGAAGAGAAGGUCAAGCAAGGAAAGGACGUCAAGUGUACUUGGGUGGUUAUGACAAGGAGGACAAGGCGGCAAGAGCGUAUGAUUUGGCUGCCUUGAAGUACUGGGGUCCCACCGCCACUACAAACUUUCCGGUGGGAAGUUAUGCUCAAGAGUUGGAGGACAUGAAAAAUGCAACCAAGCAAGAAUUCAUUGCAUCACUUAGAAGAAAAAGCAGUGGUUUUUCUCGGGGAGCAUCAAUCUACCGAGGAGUAACAAGACAUCACCAACAAGGUCGUUGGCAAGCAAGGAUUGGGCGUGUUGCUGGGAACAAAGACCUUUACUUAGGGACUUUCGCUACCGAGGAGGAAGCUGCUGAGGCAUAUGACAUAGCAGCAAUCAAAUUUAGAGGCAUGAAUGCCGUGACAAACUUUGAAAUGAAUCGGUAUGACGUGGAAGCAAUUUCCACUAGCUCACUUCCUGUUGGUGGCUCAGCAAAACGUUUAAAAAUCUCUUCAGAAGCGGACCAGAAACCUUUGAUCACUAACCACCAGAUGCCGACACAAUACAAUCACAAUGGCAAUACCGGAAGCAAUAUCAGCUUUGGAACUGCACAACCGGUUUACGCUUUGCCAUAUGAUCCAAACUCGAUGUCAAUGUAUCAUCAUCAAAGUUUGUUUCACCAUCUUCAGGCUGGAAAUGGUAACGCACCCGAGACCUCUGUUCCGUUGGCUUUACCAGCGCCUCCAGCUGAAUUCUUCAUUUGGCCUAACCAGUCGUAUUAACGAGGAUCAAAAGCUUGCAGUCUAGAUAGCUUAGCACAAUAUAAAAGCAGUGGGGAUGUUAUGUUUCAGGCUAGUUUCUUUUUCAAUCUUUUGGAGCUGACCUUAAUCUGCUGACUUAUGUAACGUAGCGUUAGUAGUUUUAGUAUUAGUAAGGUAAGGGUAGAAGAUUUCGGGGUAAUUUAUUUUGCUUUUGGGGAUAAGUUAUACAGGUCUUAAGGAAAAACUGGGGUCAUUAAUGGUUUGGUUAAACCAAUCUUUUUGGGUGUAGAAACUUGUGUCUUAUCGGUUCGGCUCUUCUUAGAGUUUAUUUGACCUUAAUUAUGAAGUUUAACUUGAUACCUACAAUCUUUUUUCUGAA